GCAUAUUAUUGUAAUAUUCCUUUCGUAAUUUCUUACGGAGUUUCAAACUAUUAUUUUUCUCUAAACUAUAAAUACCCACUAAACUUCAAGUUUAGUACUCAACCAAAUUUACAGCAAAAUCAUCUAAAACAAUUUCUCAAUUUACAGAGUUUUUAUUUUUAGUUCUAAAAAAACUCAACAAUGGAAGGAAUUGUUGUAGUUUUUGAUUUUGAUAAAACAAUUAUUGAUUGUGAUAGUGAUAAUUGGGUUGUUGAUGAAUUGGGUUUUACUAAUCGCUUCAAUCAACUCCUUAAUUCCAUGCCUUGGAAUUCUAUGAUGGACCAAUUAAUGAAAGAAAUGCAUGAAGAAGGAGUAACAAUCAAUGAUAUGGUGGAAGUUUUGAAAAGAACCCCAAUUCAUCCUCGAAUUGUUCCAGCCAUUAAAGCCGCCCAUGCUGCAGGGUGUGAUUUGAGGAUUGUAAGUGAUGCUAAUUUGUUCUACAUAGAGACAAUAUUGGAUCAUCUUGGGUUAACGGAUUAUUUCUCAGAAAUUAACACUAAUCCAGGUUAUGUUAAUGAAGAAGGGAGAUUGAGGAUUUUACCUCACCAUGAUUUCACCAAAUCUCCCCAUGGAUGUUGCAACCCAUGCCCUCCGAAUAUGUGCAAGGGGCUAGUGAUAAAAAGGUUGUUAUGUGAGCAUGGAGACAAGAAAUUCAUUUACUUAGGAGAUGGAAUUGGAGACUAUUGCCCUUCCUUAAGGCUAAGAGAAAGUGACUAUCUGAUGCCAAGGAAGGAUUUCCCAGUUUGGGAUUUGAUAUCUAACAAUCCAAAGCUUAUCAAAUCAAGAAUCCAUGAAUGGACCGACGGCGUCGAGUUCGAACAGAUUCUGUUGUCACUCAUCCAAGCUAUCAUCACCAAUGCAGAUUAUGAGAAUGCUGCUCAACUCUAUAACAUUGAUUGCAAGUUUGACUCAUUGCCAAUUUCUUCCCAACCCAUGCCUCAAGCUCUCCGAGUUGGACCACAAAAUAGUUGUAUAAUGAAUCCAUACAAUCCAAGAUCCGCAUAUUUCGGCAUAUCGCAGAAGAGGAUAUCUAGGGGUUCACAAGUCAGAAAAAUCAAGGGACCAAAUCAAAUGAUAAUGCAGCCUGUACGACCAACUUCAAUUAGGUUUUCUACUUUUGCUUGGAAUUUGAAGUGAUCACGGCUUCCGCUUAUUUGUGUGGGCGUGUAAACUCUGUACGUCAAUGCCCAUUUUUCGUUUGGGAUUACUUUCCUGCUUUUUUGGUUGUUCUUUUUCUUUUGUGUUUCAACCGAUUUUUUAAUUUGAACCAAGAUUUUUUAAUUUCAGCUAACAAAUGAAAUGGACUCUGUUGUUGCAA